GUUGCAGGUUUGCUUAUACUUUAAUUUGCACUGGUAUUUUCAUGUGUGUGGUAACAUGUCUAGGACAUAUGGCAGCAGGUAGCAUGAAUGGUUAUUGUCUCUCAUGUUAUAUGAUGAUCAUGAUCAUAAUUCUUCUGCUGGAGGGUGUAGUAACAGCGGACAUUCUCCUCGAUUCUGAUUGGGAGAAGGACUUGCCUGAGGACCCAACUGGAAAAUUCAACGAUUUCAAGGAUUUUGUGGAGUCAAAUUUUGAUGUUUGCAAAUGGAUAAUACUAGUGAUCAUCUCAGCACAGGUGUAUGACAAACUUUUCGAACGUUAUGCUCAUACCUGAAGAAGGCUUUGAAUGCAAGUAUAAAUAGCGCAACUGCGGCUAGAGUUGAAAUGGCAGAUAUUACCACUACUGAUGAUGCAGUUAGGCCUGAUUGAUCUCUGCUGGAAGCAUCAUCACUGUUGCAGUGAUCAAGAGGGCUUCCACAAAGCUGUUGGUUCCCUUCAAAUGCCUUGUCCAGCCAAUGAGAGAAUUUCGUGUCCAAUUUUCCUUGAAGGUUAUUGUAGGAGAAAUUAAGCACUCCCAAGCUGCUCGUGUCAUCAACUUGUGGAGGGACUUCUCCAGUGAGUUGAUUGUGGGAAAGAUCAAGUACUUCUAAUUUCAACACAUUCCCAAGAAAAGUUGGGAUUUCACUUGAGAGAUUGUUGUAUCUGAGGUCUAAAUUGAUCUGGAGAUUUUGGAGUUUUUCAAUUUCUAUUUUAGUAUGGAAAA